AGAUAGUAAAUCUCUCUGUUCGCAUAUAGAACAACCUAAGGUUGAAAUCUUACAGAUAAUCUUCUUAAAAUAUUUGUUUAUUUUUAGUUAAAAAAUCGGCUUUGGUUUGAUAGAAUUACCUAUACGUAUAAGCUAAGGCUCUAUCAAGCAAAUUUUUUAUAUUUUUGAAUCACUUAAAAGCAAAAAAAAAAACACGAUAACUUUCUGUUUUUCCAAAUGAAAAUUAAGCAUUUUUUAAUAUAACAAAUAAAAUAUCAAGAAUAAUAGGGAGAAACCGACUACGGGAAGAAAACAAAUUUAUCCUUUCCACGCUUGCGCUGGUAGGACAUUGAUUUUCUGCUUAAAAGCCAUUAACUAAAAGACGGAGCGUGACUUCGCAGUUCGUAACCUCUUAUAAUACUCGAAAAAAAAAUUAAUAUUGCAAUAUGGGCGCCUACUUGUCACAACCGAAGACGGAUAAAGCGUCUACAGAUGAAUUUAAUGAGUUGCUUGUCGUGGGUGCCAGCUCCAUGCAGGGAUGGCGGAACAGCCAAGAGGAUGCACACAAUUCUAUUUUAAAUUUCGACAAAAAUACCUCGUUCUUUGCCGUGUAUGAUGGACACGGUGGAGCGGAGGUUGCACAAUAUUGUGCCGACAAGUUUCCAGAGUUCCUCAAAAACCUUGAAACUUAUAAAAAUGGACAACUUGAAGUAGCACUCAAAGAUGCAUUUUUGGGAUUUGACAAAACGCUGCUAGAUCCAUCGGUAGUCGGCAUACUAAAAGAAUUGGCAGGCGAACAUAACUUUGUCGAUGAUGAGGAAGAUUACGGAGAUGGUGAAGAUUUGGCAGAGUUGCAAGAGGAGAGCAAUUUGCCACUUAAUAAAGUUUUGGAAAAAUACAAAGGGCUACCGCAGACACACGAUUUGGUCAUUAUGAAACCGGGGAACGAAGAGAAUUUAAAAUUGUUUUCGCCUUACUUGCGCGGUCGUCGAGCUGCAGCACUAGCCGCCGAAGCUGUUAAUAAGGCCGUAAUGGACCCCACAGCUGAGCCAGAUGGUUCUUCUACUUCAGCUGCAGCAGCUGCUGCAAUACAGAACCCAAUAUACGAAGCUACUGACAGUAUUAACAACGGCAGCAGUGUCAACCAAUUAUGCGUCGAUAAUGUCUCAUUCAAAAAUGAGUCUUGUGAUGAUCAGAUCGAAGAAUCGAAUGAGAUGAUCUUUAAGCAAGAGGUGGUAGCUUGUUCAGAGCCUAUGGGAACGAUAGCAAUUGAAAAAGGAAACACCACCGAAUCAAAUAAAUUAACCAAAUCUGGAUCUAACGACAUCAGCAAAGUAAAUAGAAAUAGACCAUCUUUAAAAAGCGAGAUCACGAUUUCAUCCACCAGUAACGAAUUUGAAAAGGUUGAAAAAAAAUAUAAUUCUCAAGAAGAUGAGUCAACAGAUGAUGAUGACUAUGAAGAAAAUGACUUGGUCGAGAGUCCCGAUAUUUCCUCCGGAGAAAGCUCCGAGGACUGUGCUGCAAACGACGAUGACGAUACAAAUGAGGUUAGUGAUGAAGAUGAGACGGAUGAGGAUCAGAGGGCUAAUGAUAAUUUUUGCGCCAAUAUGAUUGAAGAACCUGGCAAAGAUAGUGGAUGUACUGCUGUUGUCAGUUUGUUACAUGGUCGAGAUCUGUAUGUGGCAAACGCAGGAGACUCUCGAUGUGUCAUAUCUCGCAGUGGUCGAGCUAUUGAAAUGAGUCUCGAUCACAAGCCUGAAGAUGUCGAAGAAGCCUCGCGCAUUAUUAGGGCAGGUGGUCGCGUCACUCUUGAUGGCCGCGUAAACGGUGGCUUAAAUUUGUCUCGAGCUCUUGGAGACCACGCUUACAAAACCAAUCUUGAAUUGCCAGCUGAAGAACAAAUGAUAUCUGCUUUACCAGACAUCAAGAAGCUAAUUAUCACGCCAGAGGACGAGUUCAUGGUAUUGGCAUGUGAUGGUAUAUGGAACUAUAUGUCCAGCAAGGAAGUCAUUGACUUUGUACGGUUCAGACUAAAAGAUAAAAGCAAGAAAUUAUCAAACAUUUGUGAAGAGCUUUUUGAUAAUUGUUUAGCUCCCAAUACAAUGGGUGAUGGGACUGGUUGCGACAACAUGACUGCUGUGAUUGUAAGGUUCAAGGAACAGCUACAAGAGGUAGAGGCUGCUAUUCAUCCAAUCGAAACAGACAAUUUUUUGGUUAACACAUAUACGCCAAUUGAAAAAGUUUCAAACGUGAAAACUGACCAGAGUGCGAUAAAGAGGCGCGCUUCGCCAGAAACCGUUGCUGGAGACACAAAUUUAAAAAAAAAAUUGAAUCUAAAUGGUUAAAAAGCAACAAAGAGAAGAAAGAAAGCCCUAUCGUGAAGCCCUAAUAAGUCGCUAUUGUUGUUUAUUAUUUGAAAUUCGAAAAUGCUGUCGACAUAUUCAACAUCUGAUUGUACCGUACAUUUUACUUAUAGUAAUUGCAACUCAUAGUGUUAAGUUCAAAGACCGGAAAACAUUUAAAAAAUCUAUUGACGGCAGAUUUAUGAAAACAAUUAUUCAUAAGAGUAUAUUUUAAUUCUAUUUAAAUUCUAUUAAAUUCUUUCUUUCAUAAACUAUAAAGACCAAUUGAAGUGAACUAUUCAUAAUGAACUGAACUUUAGGAAUACGUACUCAAAUUACUCUAGCUUACAAAAUAAAUUCCAUGUAAUGCUCCCCA